AUGCCCACAUCCAAGUCCUCCAUCGACCACCGCGACGUCUACUACCGCAAAGCAAAGUCGGCCGGCUAUCGCGCCAGAUCGGCCUACAAACUCCUCCAUCUCUCCGAAGAGUUUGACCUAUUCACAGGGGUUGAGACGGCGGUGGAUCUAUGUGCGGCACCAGGAAGCUGGACUCAGGUGCUGGGAAAUGAGCUCAAGCCGAGCGGGAAAGGGGAAGCGGGGAGAAAGGUGGUGAGCGUGGAUCUACAGACUAUGGCCCCUCUGCCAAACAUCACAAUCCUACAAACCGAUAUCACCCUCCCCUCGACCAUCCCCCUUGUGCUCGAUGCUUUAGGUGGCAGAAAGGCAGACCUAGUGGUCUGUGACGGUGCGCCAGAUGUGACCGGCGUUCAUGAUCUCGACGCGUAUCUGCAUUCACAGCUCUUGCUGGCAGCUCUCACCCUCUCCCUCACGCUCCUCGCCCCGCAUGCGACUCUCAUCUUCAAAAUCUUCCUCUCUCCUCUGGAUCCCAAAGCUGAAUUCCUCGCUUCCCAGCUGCGAUGUUUCUUCCCCGGGCCCAGUCUCUCUUCGGAGCAACCGGAUGAAGUUAUCGGGGAGUUCGGGGAAUUUGACGAAGAAGGUGAAACUGGUGCUGCUCCCGGGGUGAGACGGAAAGGUGUUGAGGGGUAUGACCUGGAAGGGCGACGCGGUGGUGUAUGGGUACGCAAACCCAGAAGCAGUAGACAAGGCAGUGGCGAGGCGUUUGUCGUCUGCCGCAACUUUUCUCCUUCCGCGAUCCCGCUGCCCACAAUCUUCUCGCCAGAGGCUCUGCAAGAGCUGCGUCAACAGACCAGUGGUACCCUCACCCUCGAUUCCCUCGCGACUCUGGGUCUGGGUGGAGAAGGCGUCAAAGCAGGCAAAGAGUGGGAGAUCAUCAAAGGUUAUGUCGGAGGAGGCGAUUUGGACGCGAUGUCCGUACAAAAGCCAAGUUUGAAAGUGAAAGCUCCCCCGGUCAGAUUACAAUUACCAGACCCAUCGCCCAUCGCCGAGCUCAGCGUGCACUCGCCAAUAUCACCCGCUGUCUCCUCUCCCUUGGCGCUCCACGCCCAUCCGACUCCAUUGGACGGUUCCCCCGAAGAGUACUUUUCACCCAAAGAAACACACUUCCCAUCCCACAUCACGGGCCGGCCAGAAACACCUAAUGGCGGCAUGUUUCUCUCGCCAAAGAAAUCCAAAUUGAGUGAAGGGGUCAGUGGCGGCAGAGCGAGGGGUGUAAGCGAUGUGGGGAGUGUGAGAGAGUUGACGCCGAACCCAUCACCAGUGCGGCUGGUCGAUCCAACCCGGCCUUGGGCUUCGAGCUCACAUCAAUCGGGAGAUGGGCCGGUCAGGCCACCCUCUGUACCGGUCAAAUCAUCGUCAAUGCCCGUUCCCUCGCCUUCCCCGCCAAUUUCUGACCCAGCGUCCGCGUCUCUGGCUGUACCAUCGCGCUAUCGCGCUUUGUCUUCAGCAUCCGCCCGCUCUCAUGGCCCUCCUGGUCCCCUCGUCUCACCUUCACUGAGCACAGGAAGUAGCCGCACCGACCUCUUCUUCGCCUCCUCUGCCGCCGCUCUCCCCACACCACCUAAAAAGCUGGAUUACUCUGUAUCUGCUGUUGGUAAAGGUCUUCCCAGCGGGACAUCCGGGAGGAACGAGCGAUCGAGUACGAUGCCCUCUACGGUACCUGUGAAACUACGGCUACCCCCGCGGAAGGAAAAGUUUAAGGACCCGUCUCCUGCAAGCGUGGAGCCUAUAGGAUGGGCGAGUACGGGCGCAGUAGAGUUCAAAGACCCGUCAACCUCCCUGGAAGGCGUAGGAGCGCCAGCAAAGCUUGGUUUUGAGGAGAUUUCGACCUCGAGAUUACGGUCACUAUCAAAUCCCACUCCUCUUCAAGGCCAACUGGCUGUCCCGUCCAUACCGCCUCCGCUCCCUCAUCAUGGGUCGUCUUCAUCUUCCUCUGGAGGCUCACAAUCGACGCCUACUCCCACACCAGGGCCAUCUACACCGUCAAAGUCGAACGGGGGCAAGGUGCUGAGGCGUAAAGAGAGUCAGGUGCUCGAGAGAGAGCAGAGACACUCUACGAGGGCCGAUCUGGUCAAAGAAGGGAGUGUAAUAAGACCUACAGAAAAGGGCAAACGGGGCUGGAAAGUCGUGCGGAAGCUGGGAGAAGGAGCAUUCUCCGGUGUUUGGUCUGCUAUCCCCGAAUCUUCCUCUCCCUCCGAAAAGGAAGGCCAAGUCCAAGCGGCUCUGAAGCUCAUGCCACACCACCUCUCGCUCCUCGACUCCCGUACACGGAUAGCCUUUCUGCGCGAAGUCGAGGUCCUACGGCAUAUCCACCAUCCCUCCAUCGUGCGGUAUCUAGACUCAUUCUCGACGCCCGGGUGGGAUGUAUUGGUGUUGGAAAGACUGGAUGGUGGAGAGCUGUUUGGGUGGGUGAGCGAUGAGGCUACUAGGGAGCGGAUGAUUUUGCCCGCGCCAGAGCCGGAGCCGGGAAGUCUUGAAGAGUGGGAUAAGGAUGGAGAAGGUUUGAUCAGGAGGAUAUUCUCAGAAUUGGCCAAGGCCGUUGGGUGGUUGCACGAAGUUGGCGUUGUUCAUCGUGAUAUCAAGCUCGAGAACAUACUAUUCACUACCAAUCCAUUUGAGCUCCCUCCGACAUCGACAAACUCUGUGCCUUUGCGACUCCUCCCGCCUCCCAACCAGCCCCUCAUCAAGCUGACCGACUUUGGCCUCUCUCGCUUCAUCUCACCUGCUUCCCCUCUGCUUGCUACGCGGUGUGGCUCUGAAAGUUUUGCCGCGCCAGAAAUCAUCAUGGCAAAGCCGUAUGAUGGUCGGCAAACAGACGCUUGGGCAAUGGGCGUGGUCCUAUAUGGGAUGGUGGUUGGCGAGCUGCCUUUCGAUCGGGAAGAAGCCGAGGGUAUGACCACUCCUGGAAGUCGGAUGACCGAAAAGGAGCGGUGGAGGAAGAAAUGGAUGCGAAUUGCUAAAGGCGCGUAUACCUGGCCCACGCGCGAUCCCGUCCAAUCUCCCACCAACCCUGGCGCUGAUGCCCCAGGUACCGGGACGCCUGCUCUGCGGUCAAUCGUCGCUGCUCUCCUCGAGCGCGAACCGUCAAGACGCGCCAAGCCUUUGGAUCUUUGGGAUCAGCAGCCGUGGAUGGCAGGUCCAGGCGGGGUUGGGAAGCCGGAAGAGCACGCAAAGGGGUGCGAGUGUGGGAAAGGGGUGCUAGGAGAGACUCAGGUCAGAAGGAUUCUGGAUGGGUUUUUGGUGGAGGAGGAUGGGAUAGAAGAGGUUGCCCGAGCGGAGCACUAUUGA